AUGGAUGACUGCAAUCGUAAUGUGACCGAUUGGGAGCUCUGCGUUAUCUGCCAAGAAUCAAACAAGGAAGGACUUCAGUGCCCCGCGGACUCAAGGCGAGCAGAUAAAGGUGCAGGCUAUAAAACACUUGCAGACAAUUUGAAACAGUUUGCUGAUCUGGGUUACAUGCCCAAGGACGUAAAUUUAUCGCGACUAGAUGAAGGCGACGGCAUUGCGGCUGCAUUCUUCAAACAUAGGGCCCGCUAUCACAAAAGUUGCUAUGCUCUUUUUAACUCGACAAAACUGAAACGAGCCCAAAAAAGAAAAUCUGAAGCCCCAGACGAGCCGCCAGCUGGCGGAAAGUUUACUCGCUCAAAUGCAUUGGCAUACACAAAGGACACUAGUCCAUCUUGUUUUUUAUGCGAAUCUGAUAAACAACCACUUCAUAGGGUUUCGACCCUUAGUCUCGAUGCUAGCGUUCGGGAAUGCGCAAAUGUACUGAAUGACGAAAAGUUGUUAGCUAAGCUUGGUGGCGAGGAUUUGAUCGCUCUUGAGGCGAGCUACCACGCCUCUUGUCUUUCUAUGCUGUACAGGAGUACAGAAUAUGCAAAAAGAGAUGCCGUGCGAGGAGAUGAAAAGCCACAUCGUCUAGAAGGUAUUGCCUUGGCGGAUCUCGUGACGUGUAUAGAGGAGUCGCGCACGAAUAGCGGGGGAGAGCUACCUACAUUUAAGCUAGCAGACCUAGCGAAGAUGUAUACCAAUCGCCUGCAGCAGCUAGGGAUGGAGAACACCGCAAGACCAAACAGUUCACGCCUUAAAGAACGUAUAAUUGCUCAGGUUCCUGAUCUCCAACCUUACAAUAAGGGACGCGAUGUAUAUUUGGCAUUUGAGAGGACGUUGGGAAUGCACUUCACAAGGUCCAUAAAGAAGAUUCUGAUGAUGAGGCCAUACACCUUGCGAAGGCAGCUGCGAUUGUCCGUAAAGACAUACUUACAAAUA